CAGGAGCGUGAACCAUAUGCGCGCAUGACGUAUGAUCACCAUGAUUGCAACCUGACGCUGGCAUCUGCUGGCAUCUUUGCACUUUUAUACUGUGCUACCGGGUUCAUGUGGUCUUCCCCCUCCCAAGGAGCCCUUCUCGAUCUUCAUGGUACGGCUUUGUAACGAUAGUCAACGAUGCGUGCCACCAUAAUCUGCCUCGUAAUCUUAUCAGCAGCUACUACCUUUAUCUUAUCUCGUUCAAGCGCUUCUUACCUGACCCAGUAUCUUUGGGUGCCGUCGAGUUCUUCAUACAAAAGACAAAGCAACUCCAUUCUUUUACAAUACAUCUCAACAUGCGAUCCUGUCCAAAAUGAGUUAAAUGCUGGAUGUCCUAUGACCACAUGCUGCACCCAGUCCUUUGAAACAAGUUACUACAAGUGCCUCUUAUGCGUUGGCAUUGCAGAUAAUGCUCCAGAUUAUACACAGGCACAAGCCGAUCUAGACCAGCUCUACCUCUCUUGUUACGAUUCACUCCAAGAGCUCACUUUUCCUGGUCAAAACUCGUCUCGCACCCUUCCAACUUCUUCCCGUGAUGGAACCCCUACCGUUGCCGGUACUUCACCUGCGUCUGUGUCGGUACCUACAUUAGUGUUUGCACUUAGAUCAGUGCUGGCAUCUACACCACUAUCGUCGCCUACAUCAGCAUCGUCACUUGCAUCAACAUCGUCACCUGCACCAUCAUCGUCUCCUGCAUCACUGUCGUCGCCUGCAUCACCGAUGACCCCUGCAUCAACGUCGUCAACUACAUCAGUGUCGGCACCUGCGUGCAUCUCGGAUCCCAUUACACUACCUUCAAGUGCUUCGCCCACCUUCUCGAGGAUGCCGACCCCUGCCAAAGGCACGACGUUUUCUUCCACGUCCACGCUUACAACUUCAAGUGCUGCGCCGGGGCUAAACCCAGGAGGAAGCGGAGCCGGGCUUCUGCCUCCAUAGGAUUGAACGUGCUUUAGAGAAGCGGGACAGAACAUUGACCGGGGACACUGCUGUAUUAUUUUUAUUGCUAGAUCGGCACUCGCGGACGUCUUUCCACCUAGUAGAUUUGUACAGGUGUUAUGCAAUGUACAACUUGUGUGAACUUCUCGC